AUGUAAAGAUCGCGAGCGAUUGGCGUAGUGUUGCCAAGGAACCUUAUUCAAGAUGGGGGAAAACGUGAAAGUUGCUGUUCGAGUGAGGCCAUUUAACGAACGGGAGAAGAACCGCAAGGCAAAAUGCAUUAUCCAGAUGAACGGCCAGUCGACGAUGAUCAAGAAUCCAGAGAAUGAGAGAGAGGAGCCCAAGAAGUUUGCUUACGACUUCUCUUACUGGUCUCAUGAUGGGUACAAGGAGAACAAGGAAGGCUACUUAGAACCAACAGACAAGAAAUAUGCAGACCAGAAAACAGUCUUCUCAGAUCUUGGACAGAGUGUUCUAGCCAAUGCCUGGAAAGGCUACAACUGUUGUCUCUUUGCCUAUGGACAGACAGGCAGUGGAAAGUCUUACUCUAUCGUCGGCUAUGGUGCAAAUAAGGGUAUUGUUCCUGUGGCAUGUUCAGAGUUAUUCCGAGGGAUUGGGGAGAAGAAGAAAAAUGCAGACAAGUCAAAGGAAGAAGAAUACCAGGUGUUUGUCAGUAUGUUGGAGAUCUACAACGAGCAGGUCCGUGACCUCCUUAUGCCGGCUAGCUUCAAGGUCAAAGGAGGGUUAAAGGUCAGAGAGCAUCCGCAGAAAGGUUUCUACGUGGAGCAACAAGCCACAUUCCCUGUUAUGAGUUAUGACGAUAUCAACAACAAGAUCAACGAAGGAACGAGGAAUAGGACGAUUGCUUCAACAAAUAUGAACGCAACCAGCAGUCGAGCACACACCAUCGUUUCAAUACGUUUCAUCCAGAAAGGCAGGAACGAGACGGGGAAGAACAUGACUAAGACAUCUAUCAUCAAUCUAGUAGAUUUAGCUGGAAGUGAGAGAGUAGAUAGUACUGGAGCGACAGGAGACAGAUUAAAAGAAGGAGCAGCAAUAAAUCUCUCUCUCUCAUCGCUUGGAAACGUCAUAAAGGCACUGGCUGAUAUGGGUGCUGGAAAGAAAGGAAUAAGAGUUCCGUACAGAGAUUCCAAACUUACAAUGUUACUAAAGAACGCCUUAGGAGGAAACAGCAAAACAAUUAUGAUUGCUGCUAUAAGUCCAGCAGAUAUCAACUUUGAUGAAACGUUAUCAACUCUCAGAUAUGCUGACAGAGCCAAGGCUAUCAAGACCAAAGCGGUUGUGAACGAGAGUCCUACAGACAAACUAAUCCGAGAGCUGAAGGAGGAGAACGCCAGGCUCCUGAAGGAGCUGCAGGGGAAGGGAGGAGGAGGCAAGGAGGCAGCCAUACUCCAGGGAAUACCGGAAGACGAAGUGGAGGAGAUGAAGAGUGAGCUUGAGAGGCAGCUGCAGCAGAACCAAUCCGAGAUGGAAUCCAUGAAGAAAUCCUGGGAGCAGAAACUAAAAGAAGUUCACACGGCGCAGGAGCAAGAAUUAGCGAAGGAGAAGAAGAAGCACGAGGAGAUGAAGGUCACGCCCCAUUUCUGGAACCUUAACGAGGACCCCGCCCUGACGGGAAUGAUCAUCCACUUCAUCACAGGUCUGACCAAGGUGGGAAGUGAUAAGGCUCAUCCUGCAGCAGAUAUGGUGCUCUCGGGUCUCAACAUGGAGAAGGAACAUGCUGUGAUUUCAAACCGAGCCAAUACAGUGAUCAUCAAGCCCUGUCUACCUGCCAAGGUUCUUGUGAAUGGUAAACCGCUGACAGACAGGGGAGAGCUACAUCAUAAUGACAGGGUUCUGUUUGGAUCCAAGCAUCUCUACGUCGUCCACCAUCCCCAAGAUCUUGCUAAGAAUCCUAAGAAAGAGAAAGAAGUAUCUGAGGAGAAACCCACCUACAGCAAAGCUCAGGAAGAGAUUGCAGCAAACUCUGGCUUUGAGAUAAAGAAAGGACCAAACAGAUCAAAAGAUGAGUUGCUGAUUCAAGAAGAUCUUGUUGAGUUGAUCCCUCAUGUAAGUGAAGCAAAUGCAAUGAGUGAGGAGCUGAAGAAAAGAGUUCGCUUUGAGAUCGCGCUCAUAUCACCGCAGGCUAGGGGGGCUAAGCAUGGCAGGACGGAGGUUUCAAUAUGCAUGAAGAACGUAGACAACGAUAAUGAGUUCCUCUGGACAAGGAACAAGUUUCUAAAUCGCAAGUACCUCAUGCAAGAGAUGUAUCAGAACUAUACAGAUGGUGACAAGGAUUGGGAUGUAGAACAGAACAAAGACCCGUUCUGGGAGCCGCCUGAGACGGAGGUCCUCAUCGGCUGCGUUCACGUUUACCUUCAGAGCCUGGCAUACCUGAUCGAGAUCGAGGAACUCCUUGGAAUCGGUGACUUCCGAGGCAUCGAGCAGGGUCUGCUUCAGGUGGACAUCCGUCCAUGCAAGGCGGAUGGCUCUCCUCUCCCCGAUGAAGAGUUUGUGGAUGAGCCUAAGGAAUUGAUUGGGAAGAGCACUAACUUCAAGUUCCAUGUUUCACAUGCAAGAGGUCUACCUGCAAGAAUAGCCAAGAGCUUCUGUCGAUACAAGUUCUAUCAAAACCGAGAACCGGCUCAGUCAGCUGAAGUAGAGGGCAGAAAUCCAGAAUACAAACAUGAUAAAAUAUUCUCAACUACAAUCAUCACACCAGAGAUGCUGAAGUACUUGGAGAAUGAAUCAUUAAUCAUUGAGGUGUGGGGGCGCCAGAGAGAUAUGGCAUCGCCCGAGAGGAGAUCGCUUGGUGGUGAUAUCAAGAGGAGCACGUCUAUCACAAGUGAUGAGAAGUACAAACUCAAUGUUGAACUGAACACAGAGAAGAAGAGGGUCCAACGAUUGGAAGCAAAAUUGCAAAAGAUCCAGGAGCUGGUCAGUGAGGCGGUCAAGCACAAGAAGAAAACCCUCGACAUAAUAGACGUCCAGGAGGUCCUGUACGCCGGCGGUCAGCAGCGCUUCAAGGCCGCGGCCACCGUCAUCGGCCUGACCGAACAGAUGGGCAAGGUGGGCACACAGGGAAAGGUCUAGCGAGGCAGGAGGGUUCGCGUGCAAGUAUACGUGAUUUCAGACACUACAUUAACCCUAGUGUUAGUAAUAUUUCUGGUGUUUUAAUUAACCUCGGCUGAAUAAAGCAGCUGUUCCUCUUGCAAUUGACAAUUAACAUUUAUAUUUAUCUUUCACUUUAACAACCUUCACACAAAAUUGCAUGCUCCUCAAUAAUUUCGAGAAAAAGUAAUUUGUACUGGAAAACAAUGGCUUUGCUUAUCGUUGCAAGUGGCCAAUUUGAAGGAAUAUUAACCUUAUGUAGGAGGUUUGGUCUUUGUAGAAAUGUAACAAUCAAGAGAAGGGAUGAAUAAAAGUAUAGAAAAAAUGUCAGGCAUUUUUAAUACCGCAUCACAAGAACAAGCCUUAAUAUCAUUUUAAUGAAAUGUAAUUUUAUAUUUCGACCAUAUUACGUAGUUGCUCAUCACUGUUAAAAUACAACUCAGUCAAGAUGACUUCCUUGGUAAAUAGCAUUCAGCUUGUGAUGAAUGCCCUACCUGAUAGAUGCAGUAUAGACUCUAGCUACGCAGACAUGUGCAUUAUUUUCCAAAAUUGUGCCUUGCUUUCCUCUUGCUUUCUGUUGGUUUCAAUCAUUUGUUUCAUCCGUUUUUCUUGUCCUUUUAUUUGUCAAGUUAUGCAUUCCGAAAUUCAGUUAACAUUUAGUUUUAGACCAUUUCAUGGUGUUUUGUUCGACUUGUAGUAAUGCAAAAAUACAGUCAAACCUGCUUUAGUGACCACCUGUCUACAAAGAUUACAUUUUUUGUUUCCCUUGAAAAUGGUUUUUCAUUGAGACAUGUACUAAAGGAACCUGUCUACAAAGACCACUAUUUGUGUUUCCCUUGAGCAGGUGCUAUAGACAGGUUCGACUGUACAUGAAUGAAAUCUGAUAAUUUUAGCUGAUUGACAUGAGGCCUAAUGAACACAUGUCAUAGCACCGUGUGUCCCGUCUUCAUUGGUCAAUUCAAACACUUCUUCAGAUCUCGUUCAUUUUUCAAUCUAUUCAAUUUUGAUUGAUUUGGUAAAGAAAGCAGCCGUGCCAAUCGAUUGACAGAAUCUUGAAACAUUGCCCCCCCCCCCACUGUUAUGCACAAUUAUCAUGAAAUGUUGUAUACCGGUAGUCUUUAAUCUGUUCCAUUUCAUUCUGUUUUGUUUCAUUGGCUGGAAGGAACCAUGCAACACCCAUGUAUUGAUAUUUCUAAUUUCUUCACAGAAUUUUGAAAUUUGCGCCACCUUAAUUAGUAGUUAUCAUAAUUUGUAGAAAUUUAAAGGCAGUGUAUUCUAUUGGUUCCUCUACUCAAGCAUCAUCAGUUGAAGAUGCAUUCUGGUGAUGAUGUAUUCUCAAAUAUGUAAUCAUUUCUGUUGGUUAAAAAUGAGCACUUUUUGAUAGAUGUUCUUGUUUUAAUUUCAUUCAUGCACUCAUUCCAGUUUCUACUGCAUUUUAGAUUCAUUUCCAAUCAUGAUUUCAAUCAUAUUCCAUGAUUUUUUCCUCUCCUCAAGUAUUCACUUGUUUUGUUCUUCUUACUUCAUCAUUCCAAUCACAAAUGUAAUAAUUCUUUUAUAUGUGUAUGUAUACGUACAUAUUCUACAUGCUUGUAUUUCUGUGUGUGCUGGAAUUUGUUUUUGUUGAUGCUAUUAAGUAAUGUAGUCGUUAAUCAAACUAAUGUUUUCCGUCUCUGCUGUAAGCCCUUUGAUGGAGAUAGAUUAUCGUAUUCACAUGUCAAUUAAGCUGUCUUUCAAUCUACAUGCAUCUGAAUAAAUUAUAUUAGAAGUAUGGUUAUCCCAUCAGCACAUUACACAUUGACAUACCUGCCAAAUUUGGAAUAUUCCAAUUUUUUCAUUUUUUCUGAAUGACCAAAUAAUGAUAAUUAUUAUUAUUAUUAUUAUUAUUAUUUUUAAAAGCCAAAUUUAGGUUGUUUAACCAUGUGCUGGGAUUUCGCAUAUUGUGUGCAUUGAAUGGCUGCACAAUGUAUUUGUUUUUUUGUGUACAGAUUUACUGUGUAUUGGCCAUAAUUGGCAUACAUGGAUGGCCAUGGUAAGGCCUUGCGAUGGCCUGUUCAAUGCACAUAUACAUGUAUGCCUGUACCCCCGCAGGAGCACGGGUCUGCUUACCCAGACCCCCCCCCCCCCCCCCCCUAAGGGUAGAGAUUUCUUAUUUUCAAAUGUGGGCAGGUAUGAGUACAGUGUCUUUAUAUGGUAGCUGCGCUAUAUGAAUUGAUCUUAUAAUUAUUAUUAUUAUUUUCAUUAUAGUUAUCAAUAUUAUUGUACCGGUAAUUAUAAUUACAAU